AUGGGUGACUCGUCGGUGGCAACUGAUAAAUUGGGUGACUCCCCAGCCAUUAAUUUAACCGGAAAGAUAAUGGUGGUGGUCACAAUACUCCUCUUCUUCUUAGUUGUAAUUAUUCUCUUCUAUCAGUUCUGUUCUAGAAGCUUAUGGUCUGCAGACAUCACUCGUUCCCAAUCUCGGAGCCGCCGCCGCCGCCGCUUUUCCUUCGCCACUGGUCACGACGGUGCUCUUCGAAGGGGACUUGAUCCCUCGCUCCUCAGGUCACUGCCCGUAUUGGUAUUCCAAUCCCAAGACUUCAAGGAUGGUUUGGAAUGUGCCGUUUGCCUCUCUGAGCUUGUGGACGGAGAAAAGGCGAGGCUUUUGCCUGAAUGCAAUCACGGGUUUCACGUUUAUUGCAUUGAUAUGUGGUUCCAAUCCCAUUCGACUUGCCCUCUUUGCAGGAAUGCCGUUGGCAGUGACUCCUCCAAUAAUGAAGUUGAACAAAUAACUGAAUCGUCGUCACGCGCAGAUAACGUGGAAUCACCCACUUUUCCCACAAACGUGUUGGUUUGGGGUGACCAGACCCAAAUAAGUUCUACUGGUGGUCCUUCUUCGGAAGAAAGUGCUUCUCAGCCAUCUUCUUCGGUGGCUGACAAUAGACGUCAGGGAAUGUUGGUGAUUGAUAUACCCAAUGAGAUCACUUCAACCUCUUUGUCGCCUUCUGCAAGCAGGUUUGCGGAAGAUGAACUUAAAUCGCCAAUGGCAGCGAGAUUGAGGUCGUUGAAGAGGCUUUUAAGCAGGGAUAGAAGGUUGAAUCCUUGGAGUCCUAGUUCUGUAGAUGUGGAACAAGCAGGCGGAGGACAGAGCUAG